UUGGUUGUGACUUAUAAUAAUUGACAUUUAUUAUAUUGUAGCCAUUUGAGGUUAGAAAAAUAUAAAAACAAGAACCUAAACAUGUCUAAAUCAGUUGCUAGAUUAAAAUCCAUGAAAAAAGUAGCUGAUAAAAUAGACCAUUCUUCUAAAUUAAGAACCAAUGUACCAGCCGGUAUGGCAGCUGCGGGACCCCCUUUAGGUCCUAUGCUAGGACAGCGUAAUAUAAACAUAGCAGCAUUUUGCAAGGACUUUAAUGAACGCACUGCUAACAUAAAGCCAGGCAUACCAUUGCCUACUAGAGUCAAAGUGAAUUCUGAUCGAUCAUAUCAACUUACUAUUCACCAGCCACCAGCUUCAUAUUUCAUAAAACAGGCUGCUGGUGUCAACCGAGGUGCUAUGCAUCCUGUAAAUGAGAUAUGUGGUAAAAUAACACUGAAACAUAUUUACGAAAUUGCAAAAAUCAAAUCACAGGAUCCACCUUUAGAAUGGAGGUCAAUAAAAGAAAUAUGUACAAUGCUUUUAGCUACAGCAAGAACAUGUGGUAUUGAAGUUGUCCGAGAUCUUGAUGCUAAGGAGUAUGGUGAAUUCCUUCAAGAAAGAAAACAAAUAGUUGAAGAGCAAAAGAAAAUGUUGCAAGAAAAGCGUGAAGCUAAAAUGUUGAGAACAGCAUAGGUUAUUUGUUGUUAAUUAGAUAUAUGUAGGUAAUAUAAAUUUAGAUUAAAUAAAACCACAGUAAUUGUUAGCAAGUGUUUUAUUAGACAUGAACAAUGAUACUAAAACAUUUAUGAGGUUUACGUAUUAUGCUAUGGAUAUGAAAAAUAAUUUCAUUUAAUUAUCUAUUAAAAUCCUGAGAAAAUAUUUGGGAACUAUAAGAAUGUUGCUCAGUCUACAUUUUACAACUAAAGUUAGUACUAAGAAUCAACAACACCAACCACAACACUUGAUAAAAUAUAUUUACCGUAGAAUAACACUGCUGUGACAUUUGUAAUCAAUAUUGCCAUCCUUUUCAUUGUCUUUGACAAAACAGAGAUGACAAUAUGUAUUAAUAUACAGAAGAGUUUCAGUGCUCUCAUUUUUACCAUGCCUUUGGAGGGAGUAGUUUAGGGUUGUGUGACAUUUUUCUGUUCACAGCUCUGGGUGGUCGCCCUAUAGCAUCCUGUCCUAAAGCCUGUACUGUUCAUAAAAGGCUACAAGUUUAUCUAGGCUGGUUAGAGACACUGCUAUCAUACUUCUGUCAGUUAGUUUAUAAUGUCAUGGAAAAUGACAUAAAAGAUGAAUAUGACAAGGCAUAAACAAGGAUCUUGUGACAUUUUUUAACAUUGAUUGGGUGGGGUCAGACAAUUUUGUCUAUCCAUACAAGUAUUACAGCAGUUAUUUCCCGGUUAAGAUAACACUAUUUACAAGCAUAAUUUAUUGAGCACCUAAAUUACACCUGUCAAUAUAAUAGACCUAUUUUGACUUUCAUAAAAAAAAAAAUCACAUGUCAGUAAUAAAUUUGAAACAUAAAGAAUUAACAAAAAAACUAUUUUCCUUAGUAAUUAAUCAUUUAAUUAGAUUACAUACAUCAUAUUAUUUGUCAAAACGAGCCUAUUAUUUUGUUAUGAAUUAAUUUCUUACCCUUAUUUAUCAGAACUCUAAUUAUCACAAAUUACAGUCUGUCGAAAUUACAGUCCAAUACAUACUAAAAAAUAUUUUCUUCUUCUAUUUAAUAAUGCCUCUAUUGCUUAUACCCUAUGAGAUUUCUAAGCUAAAAUGUUUAUUUGUAUUUUUUAAUAACAAAAAAAACAAGGCGUAGUUUUAUAUCUAUAGGUAACAAGGCAAGACUACUGUCAGGUAAUACUGUGACUAUUUACUAAAAUAUUUUGUUCACAGAAUUGAAAUAAAAUUAGUAUAUCCGCUGUUUCAAAUCAAGAGCUAAAUAUUUAAAAAAACUUUUACUAUAGAAAACAUUAAGACCGAAUGGAUCUUUUCCCAAUUUAAUGCUUUAAUUGAAAUUUUUGUUUGUGAAAUUAUGAAAUAAAAUUCUUUAAGGGUCUUGAUUUGGAACAGAAUAAAAAAGUUAUAAAUAUGUUUUUAGUAGUCUUAAAUAAUUUUGAAAUAGUAUAUAGUCGAUUGUACUAAUGAAUUUGCAUUUAUCGUCAAACAAGGAUAUCUGGUCCGAUAAGAAGCGCUGCUAUCGCUGCUAGUUCUGUCAGAAAAUAUAUAAAACCUACAUGAUGGCCAUAAAAAUGGCAGAAAAGAAAAAAACUACAUGACAGCUACAGUACGAAAAGGACCUAUUGACACUUUUUAGACAUUGACAGGAGGGCGCUAGAGCCGUCAUACUUUAGUUUGCUUUAUGUCCACCGGGUCAGAUAUCCUUAUCAGUUCACAUAUAAAAUAUAAAAAGUCUGUACAUAACCAAAGUUAAUAUUUGUACUGCAAGCAAAUUAUUGUACUUUGAAUACUGUUUGACAUAAAUAUUAAGUGGAAUGUAUACUGAAUCGUAUUGUGUUCUGAUAUUUUAUAUAUUUAACGAAAUGUACUUAUAUAAUGGACAAAAUACUAUGUACUAGGGACUAUUCGUUCCAAAUAAUUAUAUACUGAAGAUAUUAAUCAUAUCCUAAAAAAAGCAAAAUAAAAAAAGCUAUCACACAUUUAAAACUACGAAGGGAAGACAAUGAUAGUAAUUGCUACUACUUUCUAUUUAAUAAACAUUAUACCAGGACCCAAAAGUAUUUCAUAAUUUUUAAAUUUGAUUUUUUUCGAGAACAGUACUAGGUAACUGGUAACGUCAACAGCGAACAAUAAAAUAAAAAUCUAAACAACAAAAAUAGUUUCGAUAUCGAAUAAAAAAAUAACAAAAAUUACAUUCCCUCUGUAUCUGGCUAGUUAUAAAACUAUAACUAAGAAGACUAUCUUCUUAUAAGGCUUGGUUACUAUACGAGUACACACGUCUGGUGAGCUCAUUUGCGAAUGAAAUAAUAUUGCUCGCAUACAUAACCUCAAUUGCGAAGAUAUUUUUUAAAGAUAAAUAUGGAUUUCAGAUUUAAAAAAAUAUCCAUUUUACUAUACCAAUCUAUUUAACACGUCAAAAUAAUAUCGAGACUUUAUUCUUAAAAUGAUUAAUGUCCUAAUAGUCAAAAAAAAUCCGGGCAUACUCGUAGUGUAACCCUAGCUAAAAUAUUACGAAAAUAAAUUGAAAAAAAAAAAA